AUGUCAUUGCCAAACAGCGCUCCUCACGUGGGUACCGUCAAUUACGAUCAGGCACAGGUGCCUGGAACCGUCUAUCUUAUUGAUCUAGACGGGCAUCUGAACGCUUGUCAUGAGAGCCGACAUAGCGACAUCGUCCUUGUUCCUACCCCAUCAAGUGAUCCCGAUGAUCCAUUGAACUGGAGCCCUGUGCGCAAGCGGGUUGGGCUUCUUUGUUCCAUCACCUACUGUACGACGGUUGGUAUUUGCUCGGCGGCUCUAUACUCCGUUCUGGGCGAUAUUUCGGCGAAUUCAGAUCUUUCCCUUGCCGAUCUCAACGCAGGAACCGGCUACAUGUUCUUGUUCGCAGGCAUAGGCUGCUUAGCAUUCCAGCCACUCGCGCUUCAGUUUGGAAAACGACCAGUCUAUUUGAUGAGCUUACUUGGGAACCUUGGAAUGAUGCUUUGGGCACCGUAUACGACCUCAAAAGGAGAAUGGUUCGCUAGUAAAAUUCUGCAGGGGUUGUUUAGCGCACCGUUGGAGAGUCUCUGUGAAAUAACUAUUGCCGACCUGUAUUUUGUCCACGAGCGUGGCUUCUACAUGUCCUUCUAUGCCCUUGCCCUCUCCGGGAGCAGUAUGUCUGCGCCAAUAUUUGCUGGUCUGAUUGCAGCUGGACAGUCUUGGAAAUGGGUAUUUUAUGGAUUCUCGACGACUGCUAUCGGUGCCUCCUUUGUGGCUCCCCUCCUUGGUGUGUUUGCUGGCUCCGCGUACACGGCAUAUUUCGGCAAUCCAUGGACACUGUAUCAAGCACGUAAGAACAACGGCAUACUCGAGGCCGAGCAUCGCUUGUGGCUCCUGACGCCACCGAUAAUGCUUCUACCGUUGGGGUUGGUGCUGUGGGGCGUGGGAGCGGCACAGAAAGUCCACUGGUUCGGCGUGCUCUUCGCUAUGUUCAUAGUAUCCGGCACGAGCGCGCUUUCAGUACAAGGCUCGACUACGUACUGCAUCGAAAGCUACCACCUAAUCAGCGGCCAGGCCAUGGUUUCCAUUAUGCUGAUUCGUAAUACGAUGAGUUUUGCUGUCAACUACGGGCUAACAACCUGGGUCACAAACAUGGGGCUCCAGAAUGCUUUCAUCCUUGCCGCGGUCGCAGGUGCAUUUCAGACGGCGUCGGUGCUUCCCGUCAUUAAGUGGGGUAAGGUGUUGAGGAAACGGAGUGUUUCAACUUACUUCAAGUAUGCAAACCUUUGA